ACUUACCUGGUAACAUAAGGGUUGGAUAAAUAACUUCAGUUAACUUACCUGGUAACAUAAGGGUUGGAUAAAUAACAGUUAACUUACCUGGUAACAUAAGGGUUGGAUAAAUUACAUUGAACAACAGAACAACGAGUCAAAACAAUGUUCAGACAGACGGACACCUCGUCCAAGAGACGUCAUGGAGGACAUGGAGGUCUCACAGCCUUACCCUCGCCUCCUCACCCCCACCAGGGUGGGCGUAUCUCGGGGGUGGAGGUGGCCCGCGGGAGGGCAGGGUAUGGGUUCACCCUCUCUGGCCAGGGCCCCUGUGUCCUCAACUGCAUUCUGAAAGGGAGUCCGGCGGACUACGUGGGUCUCCGCUCCGGUGACCACAUCCUGUCCGUUAACGACAUAAACGUCUCCACGGCGUCGCACGAGGACGUCGUCAAGCUGAUUGGCCGAUGCACGGGGGUUCUGCUGUUGGUCGUCGCCGAGGGAGACCGGGGAGGCCGUCGUCACGGACACGGCGGUACCAACCGCAACCGUCGCCACGGGAACAAUUCGGGAAGUCCGGCGGCCGGGGGAGCGGCAGCCGCCGCGGACUCGUGCUCCAGCGACGAGGAGUUGUGUGGUUUCCAUAACAGCAGCAGCGGAGGAGGAAACAACAAAAACGUGAAGCCGGGUUCCCGUGGUAACAGCGCCAGCGGAGGAGGAGGAGGUGGCUGGUUCAAGCCCAAGCUGGACUCUAAGACCCUGGGUAUUAACAGGGCAGAGAGGGUGGUGGCGGAGAUGCAGUCUGGAGGAAUCUUCAACAUGAUCUUUGACAACUCUUCACACUCCUCCAGCAGCUCAGAGAAAGACAGGGCCAUCGCUCCUCCUCCUCCCCGUGCCUCCUCUUCCUCGUCUGCGUCGGCCAAGCCUGCGAGGCCCCUGUCAGAGCCAGAGUUCCCCCCGUACCAUAAGGGCCGAGGCCGUUCCCAUAGCAACCCCAACCUGCUCUCUGAGGAGGAGAUGGACAGGGUUCUAAUGGCCGACGACUCAGUGUUCCUGGACGGGUUCCAUCUGCAGGAGGCAGAGAUCCAGGUGGAGGUGGAAGGGGAGGACUUCUCCCUGGAGCCCAGUGAGGGGAUCCUGAACGUGGGUAUGAUGGUAGGGUACCUGGGCUCCAUAGAGCUGGCCUCUACAGGAGCUAGUCUGGAGAGUGACAGUCUGCAGGCCAUCAGAGGAAGCAUGAGACGACUCAGGGCUGAACAGAAGAUACACUCCCUGGUCCUCAUGAAG